AUGGCUUCUCUUGUUGUGCUCAUUUUCAUGGCUGCCACCUUCAUCACUGCUUCUCCAUCACUCACCGAAGCUUCGAGGCAAUUCAAGGUUGGUGAUGACUUGGGUUGGCACCAACCUGACCCUCAUAACUCUGCCUUUUAUAUCCACUGGGCUGAAACAAACCGAUUCCAAAUCGGUGACUCUCUUGGUCAGUUCUUCUCUCUCUUCUUCACUUCUCACCUCUCUGCAGAAUUUGAGUACCAGAACGACUCAGUACUAACAGUGGAAAAAUGGGAUUAUUAUCACUGUGAUGCGAGCGACCCCAUCACUGCGUUUGACAAUGGCAAGAGUAUAAUCAAUCUGGACAGAGCUGGGCCUUUCUACUUCAUCAGUGGCGUUCAUGACCACUGCAUCAACGGCCAGAAGUUGAUCGUCGAUGUCAUGUCCCCACACCCCCUCCCUCCUGCAUCUCCACCGUCCAUUUCUCCCGCUGCUCCUCCACAGCCUCCAGUGGGCCCCUCGCCUUCUUCUUCUUCACCUUCAUCUUCUCCUUCAUCUUCCCCUAGUAGUUCUGCUUCUGAGCCUGAGGUUUCAUCUUCAUCAGUGGUUCUGGGAUCAGAUUUUAUGGCUAUUCUGCUCGGCCUUCUUGUGAUCAUCCUGCAAUAUUAA